GUAGUAGUACGUCUUGUGUGCUGCGCGUAUUAUCAUCGUAUACAUAAACAACGGUGUGAAUGAACCGGAGCUUUUGAAGUCUCGUCGUCGUGCUCGGGCGCAUACCUUUAGUCGCACUUACAUAUAUAGUGUACGUCAUAACAACAGCGCGAGGGUGGCCGAGAGGGAGCAGCGUAUAUAUACGUACAAUACGGAAAAGACGACGCUGUGCAAGUGCGAAAGAAUAAUAAUAAUAAUAAUAAUAAAAACAAGUGGCUUUGAAAUCAUCGCGCGCUCCCUUCUCCGCGUCUUUUCCUCGACUCUUACCGCUGCUGGCUGCUACUGCAUCUUUGCAGAAGAUGACGCAGUAUCGCUGAAAAACACACGUAUACACGGGAGAGAGGACAUCGUCGUCGUCGUUGUCACACGCCGAUAUAUAAGAAUCAAUCGUCAACACAACACGAUCGUAAACAGUAUCAAAGUGUGCCGCGCGUACAACGUCGAUAUAUAGUAUACCAAUUACAUAUAGUCCACGAGCACGAAAAUGGGUAAGCUUCUGAGUCUUCUUGCUCGCGACGAGACGACCUGCUGCACGCCGGCCAAGUACGACGUCUUCUUGGACUUUGAGAAUGCCCAACCAUCGGACAUCGAGCGCGACACCUUCGAGGCGGUCCAGCGCGUCCUCAAGGACUCCGAGUCCAUACUCCAGGAGAUACAGUGCUACAAGGGCGCCGGCAAGGAGAUACGCGAGGCGAUCUCCGCCCCGACCGAAGAGUGCCAACGCCGAGCCUAUCUCACCGUGGCGCCGCUCGUCGCCAAGCUCAAACGCUUCUACGAGUUCUCGCUCGAGCUCGAGCGCGUCGUGCCCAAGAUACUCGGCCAGCUCUGCUCGGGCAAUCUGUCGCCCACCCAGCACUUGGAGACCCAGCAGGCGCUGGUCAAACAGCUGGCCGAGAUCCUCGAGUUCGUGCUGAAAUUCGACGAGUUCAAGAUGAAGACGCCGGCGAUACAGAACGAUUUUAGCUACUACAGGCGCACCCUGAACCGGGCCUCGCUCAUCAGCAGCAAUGGCACGAGCAAGGACAACAACGCCGCGUCCGACGAGAAGGAUCUCGUGGUGGGCAACGAGCUCGCCAACAGGAUGUCGCUGUUCUACGCGCACGCCACGCCGAUGCUGCGCGUCUUGAGCAACGCCACCAUAUCGUUUCUCAUGGACAAUCAAGAGCUUCCACGAGAAAAUAUCACAGAGACGUUGGGCACGAUGGCCAAAGUAUGCCUGAGGAUGCUCGAAAAUCCAAAUCUUCUGGCGCAGUUCCAGCGCGAGGAGACUCAGCUCUUCGUGCUGAGGGUAAUGGUCGGUCUGGUCAUACUGUACGAUCACGUGCAUCCCCAGGGUGCCUUCGUCAAGGGCUCCAACGUCGACGUCAAGGGCUGCGUCAAGCUACUGAAGGAUCAGCCGCCGUGCAAGAGCGAGGGUCUGCUCAAUGCGCUGCGCUACACGACCAAGCACCUGAACGAGGAGAACACGCCCAAGAACAUCAAGAAUCUGCUCGCCGCAUGAUUGCCGAAAGCCCGAGCGGGCUGCUGCAUACGCAGCUAAGAGCAGUGAUGAGGUCCCUCUCUCGUUUUUUGUGUCUCGCGCGGCGGGUGGAGAAUGACGAAAAAAAAUCCGUGUAUUUUUCUGGGUGUGCGUGCAUGUGUGUGUAAAGAAUAAUAAUCGUGUGUGCCAGUGAAAGAUCGCGCGAGACCGAUGGAGGGACGUUUCGAUGUUUUUUUUUCUGUAUAAGUGGAGAGAUGCUGAAGUAACCAUGACAAAACCUAAGUCUUAAUUAUUGCGUUAUAUAUAAAAAUUGUAACGAUUACACCCCCUCUCUUUUUCAACGUAGUCAAUUUUUAAAAAUUAAUGAUAUAAUGCACGCUAUUAUGCAUGAACCCCCUCAACCAAGACUUUGCACACGAGUUUAUAUGUAAUAUGCGUUGUGUAAAAUACCGAUUGUACCAAUUAUAAAUUAUUCGAUAUGUCUUUUAUCGUUAAAAAAAGAAGAAAAAAAAUAUGGUAUUCUCACGAUACGCGAGUAAGUUGCGUGACUCUUGUAUUCAAUUUUUAUAUCGUACAUUGUAAAAUGUUAACUUUAACGAUCUUUUUGCAAGUUUCGAUGUUAGUGAGCAUACGUUUUAAGCGUUUUUUAUUGAAAAAAAGAUAAUGAUGAACUUUUCUAAGGACAAGACACACCGUUACGUGCGCAUUCCCCUUUUUUAAUUUUUUGAUUGAAAACCUCAGUGCCGAAAAAUUUUUAAAGGUCUACUAAUUGGAGCUUUUUCUAAAAAAAAAAAACACUUCGUCGUCUUUAAAAGCACAAAUUUGUAAUUCAAAAUUGUACCGAGUGAUUUUUAUCCAACUUCGUCGCUUCGACGAUUUUUUUAAACCCUUUCAACUGCCUAUAUAUAAAAAUAUCAUAGACUGAAAGUCAUAAUCAGCAUUGUAAUUAAUUAUCAUUUGGUCUUCGAGUUUUAAAGCAUGUACAGUAGUGAUAUUUAAGUAUAACGUAGAUGCGACUCUUAGAGCCGUUUUACAUAAUCUACCUGUUUUAUCAUAAUACACGUAGUCAUAUCGAGGAAUCGCCGAGUAUUACAGUAUGAAGUGAAUAAAAUAUUUCUAUUAUUAUUCAUCAACGACAUCUUGAUGUUACUUUUUUUUAAUUGUAUCUCGAGGUGUCUCGAGAAAAAUUGUAAUAUUUUAAAAGAGUGCAAGGUUUUUAGAUACACAUUGUUUUUUGUUACUUAGCUCAGUAAGUGAUCAUAUUUAAAAUAUGUAGUUUUGAUAAUUAUUAACAGUAUAGAAAAGAAAAUAUAACUUCAUAAAGUAACACGUCAAAUUACAUCUUUUGAUUUCGUCUAAUUAAUAGCGUUUAAGUGUAAUAUUGUGACGUAAAACGACAAAAAAUUAUAAUAAUACAACGUACACGAUUGCGAGAAAAAAAAAUAAUGCAGAAAACCAAAGAGCUGCAGUGGGAGAAAUUAUUUCACAAUAUAUAAAUAUAAUCCUGUACAUUUUGUAGAAUUCAAAAACAAAUUUAUCUAUAAAUUAUAUUACUGUAUCGUGUAAUCUAGCUUUAAGGAUGUUUUAACGAUGAUGUAUAACUGCAUUGUUGCUAUACGAAUUUGAACAAAAAAAUUUUUUUAAACCUUCAUACUCGGGUAAAGCACCAGAAAUACUCGUAUGUUUACAUUUUUUAACGUUUGAAUAAAAUUUUUGUAAGCUUAUGAAAGUCGAAGAA